AUGGUUCCUUUCCUCUACCCACGCAAAAACCAAGUCAAACCUCGUCUCCCACACUCCCAAGCCUUCGAGCACUCUACAAAACACACCCGCCACUCCUCUUCAGACAGCGAAACCUCAACAACCACAACCACAUCCACAGACGCCCACCCAGGCGCCGCAGAUCUGGACACCUACACCCACUCCCUCCACCACUGGACACUAUACCAACUCCGCGCCUCCGUGCCCCAUACAACCCGGUCCUUGUCCCACGAAACCUCCCACACCACUGCCUCAGCCACACCCACUAUCGUAUCUCCUCUGUACCCUACAAACUCCUCACUGUACAAUAUGCCUAGACUGAGCUCGGCAUCUGGAUCUCGAUCUAGCAGAGAAGGUGAUACAGGAUAUGGAGAAGAGGCAUUGGGGGAUGUGGGAGAGACACCAUGUAAUACGCCUAGGAGUAGGGGGUUGAGAAGGAGGAGUACGGUUGUGGCUGCGAAUAAGGGGAGGACGAGGGUGAAGGAAGAGGUCUGCGAUGAAGGGGAGGGGCAGGCGAGAUUGAGACCUGUGGAGUUGGUUAGGAGUUUGAGUUGUGGAGGAUGA